ACUGACAUAAUUUGUUUAUUUCAAUUGACUGAUCUUCCUUUCAUAUGACCUGUUAACAUGUUGCAUUUAUAUUUGUGUUCGGUGUAGUUGUGAUAUCAUGCAGCUAUGCAGAUGGAAGAGGGAAGUAGGGAUAGAGGAAGGGAGGGAGAAAGACUCUUGUGGGAGCCUGUCCCAAAAGGAGAAGUGCACGGUUGGCUCGAACUCUCUGCUGAGAGGGAGAAUCCCUGCCCAAGCGGAAGUGACCAUGUGAGAUUGCGACAAGGGUCCGGACACUGAGACGAAGGAGCCCAGAAGCAGUCGAGCAAUGCGUACUAAAGCUAAUAUCUUCUCUCGCUUUCUUAUUAUAGAUGCCUACGUCACUUCCAUGGCAGACCAUUGCUUUGGAGGCCAAUAGCAGCCUGACACGGCUGUUUCUCCAAGGUUAGGGCCCACGGUGCGAGGUAGGCCUCUUCCAAGGUGCUUGGCUGUACGCCAGCGAUAUGCCCCAAUCUAUGCCAAAUAGUAGUACGCUAUCAGAGUCAGGUGCGGCAUUUGGGAAUGGGUGUGUACACACAUGCUUCUAGAACAUGUUUCUGUCUUUCUGUUUGUGGAAGGAGUACAUGAGUGAGCUCCUAUGUAGGUCUAGUGUGUGUGUGUGUGUGUGUGUGCGUGUGUGUCUGUGCGCGUGUGUGUGUGUUUAUCCUCAAAUAACCUCUGUGGAUGUCGUUUCGCCACGCCAAAAUAUGUUUAGUUCCCUGGGAACGGCAGGAUUGUAAACUGGAAUGACAAGGCACUCCAGAGAGUCCCUCCAAAGUCAUCCCCUCUGCUGGAGAGAAGCACUGUCCUCUCUGUCUCUGGAGUGAAUGACACGAUCACAGUCUGAGAACAUCUACUGCACCGGGCCACAGGAGAGGCUCUCACAGGAGAGUGGAGAAGAGGAAGAGGGGGAACGAUAGGAUGGCAAGAAAAAUACGGAGUUGGUAAAGUGGGAGAAACUACACAGCUCUUGGCGGUCGGGCUGUGUGGUCAUCUAUCUUGCCAGGCAUGAAAGAAGAUUGCCAUUCUGCCACAGGUGUGUUGCCGAGACUGAAAGUGAGUCACCGCGGCGAUAGCGGUUGACCUGGGGCGCAAGACAUGUUACAGUGACAACUAAAACCAGCCAUCGUCAUAACAAUCAUCCUCCUCCUCCUCCGCCGCUCCGUCAUGUUGUGUGAGCUCUGCUGAGUCACUGGAGAGAGAAAAGCUGUUCUCAUCCAAUCCCCCCCCCCAAGGCCUGAGAAGUCUAUCCAAUCCUGAACGAGGGAUCUGGAGUCCAUUGAUGCCAGAUGAUUCUGCCUAGCGACCUCCCUUAGUAUAUUAUGUAAUUGGUGUUUCAUUCAAGAUAUAAAAGCUUAGUGGCCUACUCUACCUCUAGGACACUCCUCAUAUCAAGGCAGAGGACCAGCCUUUGGAAGAAAAUAGCCCAUAUGCCCCUGGAUUCAAGGUUUCUCUGAAGCAUCCACUGGGAACAUCGACGUAACCUAACGGCUCCAUUUCACACACCUACACGAAUACACGCACACGUCGUUGUUGUCCACCGUCACCCACCACCACUUCUUAAUUCAUUGGAUUACGUCGUCAUCGGUGGGUGAGGUUAGGGAUGUAGAACGCCGUCACCACGGAUACCUACAGGAGACUCUUUGGACUCGGCUCAAGGUCCGCCGAGCAGAACAUGGCGGGCAAGGGUAAGCCCUGCCACCCCCCGGGGGGGGCAGGGAGUGCAGGGGGCCCCACUGUCUCUGUAGGGGGAUUCCCCAUGCCUCACUACUCCUACUUCUUCCCCCACAUGCUGGGGGGGCUGUCCCCACCCACCCUGUCCGGACUGCCCAUCAGUGGAUACAGCACCCCAUCGCCAGCCACUAUAGAGACCCAGAGCACCAGCUCGGAGGAGAUAGUCCCCAGUCCCCCCUCGCCGCCCCCUCCCCCGCGAAUCUACAAACCCUGCUUUGUUUGUGCGGACAAGUCCUCGGGAUACCACUAUGGAGUCAGCGCCUGCGAGGGCUGCAAGGGUUUCUUCCGGCGCAGUAUCCAGAAGAACAUGGUGUACACCUGUCAUCGCGAGAAGGGCUGCAUCAUCAACAAGGUCACCCGCAACCGCUGCCAGUACUGCCGCCUGCAGAAGUGUUUAGAAGUGGGCAUGUCCAAGGAGUCGGUGAGGAACGACAGAAACAAGAAGAAGAAGGAGGAGAAGAAGCUAGAGUGUACUGAGAUCUAUGUGCUGAGUACCGAGACCGAGCAGAUGAUCGAACGUGUCCGCAAGGCCCAUAAGGAGACUUUCCCCUCGCUCUGUCAGCUGGGAAAAUACACCACGAAUAACAGUGCAGAGCACCGCGUGGCUCUAGAUGUCAACCUGUGGGAUAAGUUCAGUGAGCUGUCCACUAAGUGUAUCAUCAAGACGGUGGAGUUUGCCAAGCAUCUGCCAGGCUUCACCACCCUCACUAUCGCUGACCAGAUCACCCUGCUCAAGGCUGCCUGUCUGGACAUACUGAUUCUGAGGAUAUGCACGCGGUACACUCCAGACCAGGACACAAUGACGUUCUCAGACGGGCUGACCCUGAACAGGACCCAAAUGCACAACGCAGGCUUCGGCCCGCUCACAGACCUGGUGUUCGCCUUCGCCCAAACACUCCUCCCUCUGGAGAUGGACGACGCCGAGACCGGCCUGCUCAGCGGCAUCUGUCUGCUGUGUGGAGACCGUCAGGAUCUGGAGCAGGCAGACAAGGUGGACGUACUACAGGAGCCCCUACUGGAAGCUCUGAAGAUCUACGUGAGGAAGAGGAGGCCUCACAAACCACACAUGUUCCCCAAGAUGCUGAUGAAGAUCACGGACCUCAGGAGCAUCAGCGCCAAGGGAGCGGAGCGAGUGAUCACUCUGAAGAUGGAGAUCCCAGGCUCCAUGCCCCCUCUCAUCCAGGAGAUGCUGGAAAAUUCAGAGGGUCUGGAGGGCCAGGGGGCCAGCGGGGGCCGCUCCAGUGGAGGAGGGGCCCCACCAGGCAGCUGCAGCCCAAGCCUGUCCCCCAGCUCAGCCCGCAGCAGCCCCCCUGCACCCUCCCCUUAGACUGGGGUCCACCACCACCCCCCAGGCAGGGACAGCCAGAAGGCAUGACUACAGACUCCCACACUGUGACAAACCAGGCCAGAGUGGAGUGGGGUUAGGAAGAGGGCCAAGCCUGGGCCCAGCCAGGACGGACUUUGACACUUUGAGGGUAAACGCAGGCCUCACUGGACAGACAGCCGUCCCCCCACUCCCCCUAUCUCAGCCCCAGACUGGGCACCAUCAUACUUAACUGAAUCUGGAUGGCACUAUAACCAUCACCCCCAUCACCACCACCACCACCAUAGACAUGCCUCAGAACCAGCGCCAGGGAUUGGCAGACGCAACACAAGGAGUUUAAUCUGAGAUGUUCUGUUUACUCUCCUCAGUGAUGACUCUGUUCUUCCUCUCUCCCCCUCAAGACUAUGGACAGGAAUUCAGGCUCAGGGCCUGUCAGACCUGGGGUAAAGGGGUCGACAAGACGCACGUCUUUCUGCAGGGAACUAGACAGACAGACUGCUGGACACUGGGCACGAGUCAUCCCUAAAUGUUGUCAGGGACAGCAAAUGGGGGCUGCUCAGAGGGGGGCGGGCUGCCUCUCCUUCACAACUUUGAGAGACAGAUUUUCUUACAAAAGAUAUAUGGAAAUAUAAAUAUAUAUAUAUUGAAAAAGUAAUCAUUGCAAUUUGAAUUGUCCAGGUGGAAUGAUGCAUAAAAGAGGAGUUGCUAUCUUUUUCUCAGUAUUUUUCUCACUGUUCUAAGAACUUAGAUGUCAUUUGUGAUCCCACCUCCCCAGACCUAGUGUUUUGUUCUCUUCGUUUCACCCAGGAAUAUCAGCACACUAAGUAGUCACAGUGGAAAUGUGUGUUGUUUUUUUUCUUCUAUCAAAUCAGAAGAUAAGUAGAACAAAAAAUGACGACACGAUUUCAGAUGCAAUUCACUUUAUGCACUAGACCUCUUGCACUGUCACGUUCACGAGUUGGAUCAAAUUGAGACACAAAACACAAAUUGGACCAGGUUGAGGUUGGCAUCUCUCUGGUUUUGUUCCAUUUACAGUAUCUUCUUCUUCUUCUACUUCUUCCUCUUUCAUGGGAGAAAAGGAAACGUAGUGGUUCUAUGAUCUAGAGUCAUGUUGUUGUGGAGUUUAUGAAGGUGACCUGUAAGAAAAUAGCAGCCAUGAAAUAAUGUACAUAAGAUGUAUUCCUUUUGUGUUAAAGUACAUGGAGUCUAGCCAAUUUUCACUUUUGUCAAAGCCUUUUAUGUUUUUGCUUUUUGUUCUUGUUUGGUGUCCUGAAGUGAAGGCAUGAAUCACUGGUCGCCUGUUUAGACCGCUUAAGGAAGGGACGGACUGCUAGGAACACCAUAGCCAUUGACAACCUGUAAAGAGAGUUGAAUUUAUACUUCACCUGAAAUAAAAAAUAGAAAGAUUUGACAAUUUAAA